ACGCAGCGAGCGCGCCGCGUCAUCUCGACAGCUCCGCGCUCCGCGUUUCAAAUGAGCGAGUGAGCGCAGAGCGGGGGGGCUGCUGCUGCCGCUGCCGCCGCCGCCGCUGCUGCUGCCGCUGAGCUCGCGAGAAGGGCUGCCGUCGCUGAUGCUCGGCCGCUGCCCGCCGCUGCUGCUGCUACUGCUGCUCGCUGCCCCGGGCUGAAAGUCGGGAAUGCGUCUCGCUGCACGAGCGCGCAACGCGAAUCCAUCAAGGAAUUCGUGCGGCGUCACGUCGGAGUGAACCACGCGACCGAUUCCGGACAACUAACUGCUGCUCCGUCUUCGUCAGAAUUACCACCACCUGCCGCCGCCGCCACCAUCAUCAUCAUUAGUGUUAUAAUUAUUCACGGAAAUAGGAUUGAGGUGUGUAAAAUUAUUGCUUCGGGGGCGGGGGGGGUGGAAACAUUGACCACACCAUCAUCAUCGUUUUUGUCAUCUGGCGCCGUCUCGUUCUAAAGCGAAGACAUUCGACCGAGUGGGUUUGUUGCUGAAUCCCAGUUGCGCAUCAACUUUGCGCGAUUUCAGUCCGUCCUCCGAAUUCCUCGCGUCAGUCUAAACCCCGACAAGCCGCGCCUCGACGCAACAUCGAUCUCUUAGAAUCGGUUGUUUAAAAAAAAAAACGUAAAAUCUAUUCUGAAACAGAAUAACGCGGCUAUCGGGCGGGCCAAUCAAUCCGUGCACUCAAAUUGGUAUCACGAGACACAGAGACACGCACGCACACGCGCGCGCGCGCACACACACACACGCAGACACACACACAGGCGCGCGCAGACGAACUCACUACCCACCACCACCUUUCGAACACUCUGUUAUGUAAUGCGCUUGCGGCCACAGCCGCCGCCGUUCUUCGCCGUGGACCAAGUGGGCGCCUAAAGGAGAGACACCGGAGCGAGGCGAGUCGAAGAAGAAGAAGACAAAGACGAUGGAGGAGUCGUCGUCGUCCAUCCAAGGAACAGCCGGGAGGAGGAGGAGGUGGAGGAGGAGUAGGACGAUGAGGUCCUCCUCCUCCUCCUGGUUUCUCGCGGCGGGACUCCUGGUCGUCGUGUCGACGAGCGGUGCCACGUCUUCGGCAUGCCCGGAUGCGUGCAACUGCACCGUACCCGGUCGACUCAAUUGCAGCCAGCUCAACACCCUGGGAGCCUUCCCCGUGCUCGAGACGGCUCCGGAUAUGGGCAACGUCACCGAGAUAUUGAUUGAAAAGCAAGUGACGUCUCUCCAGAGCAUCAACGACAUCGAUGCCGAGUACUACAUCAACCUCCAAAACCUGACAGUCAUUCAUUCCGGCCUGCAGUACAUUUCUCAGCGCGCAUUCAAGAACAACAACCUCCUGCAAAACAUUGACCUUUCCAAUAACAAGCUGACAAGCCUCUCUUGGAAGACCUUCCACGGACUCAACCUCUCGAAGCUGGUGCUGACGGGGAACCCCUUCCAGUGCUCGUGCGCCCUGCGCUGGCUGCAGCACAUGCAGAGGGCAAACAGGGCCGGCCUGGCGCGCCAACAACUCACGUGCUGGGCGCCCGACCGCAACAUCACCGUCCGCCUCGUCGACAUGCAGAUCUCCUACUGCCAACUGCCGGAGGUGAAGUUGGACCGAGAGACGGUAGUGGCGCGGGAGGGCGACGCCGUGUCGGUCACGUGCAACGUGUCGGGACACCCGGCUCCCGUCGUCAGCUGGGACACUCUGGACAUCUCCUCUGCGCAGGUGCCGCAGGUCGACUUGUUGUCAGAGUCGGUGACCGCCCUGCGCCUCUUCAACAUCUCGUGGGAGGACAACGACAAGAUCGUGUCGUGCGUGGCGGAGAACAUCGUGGGACAGACCCAGGCCUCCGUGUACCUCAACGUGCAAUACAAGCCGCGCAUCUUUGCGCUGCACGCACCCCAGAGGGACCACGCCUGGUGCAUCCCGUUCUCGGUGCGGGGCAACCCCAUUCCCAAGCUCAGCUGGCUGUACCAGGGCGAGCCCCUCAACGAGUCCGACUUUGUGGCCACCACCUACACGGAGAAGCCGCUGUUCGAGGAGAGCCGCUCGGACGAGAUCCACGGCUGCCUGACCCUCGACCUGGCGUCGCACCACGACAACGGCAACUACACGCUGGUCAUCAGCAACGAGCUGGACCGCGACGUGCGCACCAUCUACGCUCACUUCAUGGACGCCCCAGAGGAUUUCACGCAACCGUACAAUGAAAUAUCGCGUGUCGGAGAGGAUUCGUUUGCGGUGUACAUCGCUGUGAGCAUCGCCGCGUUUGUGUGCAUUCUCUUGGCCUCUCUUCUCGUCCUCAUCAACAAGUACAACCUACGGAGCAAGUUUGGAAUGAAAGGCCCCGUGCCGGCGGUGAUCGGCAGCGAGGACUCUGCGAGCCCCCUGCACCAUCACCACCACCACCACCACCACGGCGCGUCGGGUGGCAGCGGCUCGUCCAUGGACGGCGGCUCGGACACGGUCCUCAUCGGACUCAAGCGCAUCCCCGUGAUCGAGAACCCGCAGUAUUUCCGCGCGACGCCCGCCUUCCUCGACUCGCCCGACUCCUGCUCCACCGUGAAGCACAUCAAGAGGCGUGACCUGAUGUUGAAGAGAGAGCUGGGGGAAGGAGCCUUCGGGAAAGUGUUUUUGGCGGAGUGCUUCAACCUGUACCCAGACAUCGAAAAGACGCCCGUGGCUGUCAAGACCCUGAAGGACCUCAGCGGCGGUGCACGCAAGGAUUUCUACCGCGAGGCAGAGCUCCUCACGAACCUGCAGCACGACCACAUCGUGCGCUUCUACGGCGUCUGCUCCGAGGGCGAGCCGCUCAUCAUGGUGUUCGAGUACAUGCGGCACGGUGACCUCAACAAGUUCCUCAGGUCGAACAGCCCAGAUUCGUCAUUCCUUGACGACACCCCGCGGCGAGGGAUAUACAGCGGGGAGCUCAACUGCACCCAGAUGCUGCACAUCGCUACGCAGGUGGCGUCGGGGAUGGUGUACCUGGCCUCCCAGCGCUUCGUCCACCGUGACCUGGCCACCCGCAACUGCCUGGUGGGAGAGAACAUGCUGGUGAAGAUCGGCGACUUCGGCAUGUCCCGGGACGUCUACAGCACCGACUACUACCGGGUUGGGGGACACACGAUGCUGCCGAUUCGCUGGCUGCCGCCGGAGAGCAUCAUGUACCGCCGCUUCACAGCAGAGAGCGACGUAUGGAGCUUGGGGGUGCUCUUCUGGGAGAUCUUCACCUACGGCAAGCAGCCCUGGUACCAGCUCUCCAACAACGAGGUGAUCGAGUGCGUGUCGGCCGGCCGGGUGCUGGAGCGUCCGCGUGCCUGCCCCAUGGAGGUCUACAACCUCAUGCUGGGCUGCUGGUGUCGCGAGCCGCACAUGAGGCUGGACAUUCGGACCAUCCACGGGAUCCUCCAGGAGCUCAAGGACAAGUCGCCCAUCUACAUCGACGUGCUCGGAUAGGGCGGCAACCGCGGGCCUUCGAUAAGUAAAGAGAUAAGACGGGUGGAAAAAUUUUGAGCGCGCGAGAGAACUACAUUGAAACUCGAACUACGGGAGUGCGUGACGAAACCCCAGAGAUCCUCUCCCCCCCCCCCCAUGCCUCCCGCGAUGCCCCCCCCCCCUCUCCUGGUUCGCCACUUUAUUUACCCGUAAUAACGAGGAGACAAAAGUGGCAUAACAAAUUCCCCCACGGUUCUCCCACGUGUUUGUAAAGAAAAAUAUAUAUGGAAAAAAGCUGCCAAUUAUAUUUAGCUACUUGCCACGAAAAAACCAAGCAGAGUCCUGGCAACGAGAAGUGUUGGGCGGGGAUGGGUGGAGGGGGGAAG